AUGGAAGCAACACAGGAAUCCACACAGCCGCUCGCUGAUCCGCGCCGGAUGGGAAUGAACAACUCUGGCAUUCAAGACCAAGAUUUAUCCGACAUCAUUUGUAUUCUUCAUCCUAAUUCCCAUGCUGCGCACGAUGCAGUUGCAGCCUCGGCGCGACUCGGUGCCCAGCAUAUACUCCAACGGGACGCACUGGAGAGGGAGGUCUCGCACACGGCAGACCUGGAUCUGGCGUUGAGGCUUUCGUCUGAUGUUCACAAUCUCGGCGUCGGUUUCUGCUUCGGUCGUAACCGCGCUCGCUGUGAUGUCUUGCUAACCGUGGAUGACGACGCCAAACGAGUAUCCAACACCCAUUUCCGAAUCUAUCUGACGGGUGACGGAAUCCUCAUGCUUGAGGAUACCUCUACAAAUGGCACCGUGGUUGAUAAUUGCCGCCUUCGCAAGUCUCAAAAGGAGAACAGUCGGAUGCUCACGAACGGAUCUGUGAUUCAGGUGGUCACUGGUAUUGGCUCGGAUGAAGUUCGCUUCGUGGUCCGGAUUCCAUCAAGGGAAGGAUUUGCCACGCCAUAUCAGGAAAACCUCUGUCGCUACUUUGAACGAGUGCAAGCGCAUGCGCCGGCCACAAAGACUCGGCAGGGUGCAACUCCAUCGGUUCUGACGUGGUCAGCUUCCAACGCUUUCGGCAUGCAUUGGACUGGAGGCGCAGUAUAUAACGUGACUGGGCAAAUAGGCAAAGGCGCCUUUGCAACAGUCUACAAAAUUGCGACCAAACAACACGGUGCCAUCUAUGCAGCGAAGGAGCUCGAUAAGCGCCGCUUCAUGAAAAAUGGAAUCCUGGAUCACAAAGUCGAUAACGAGAUGAAAAUUAUGAGAGACCUGACGCAUCCGAAUAUCGUCCAGUACAUCGAUCACCACGAGCAUGACCGGUGGAUUUACAUCAUCAUGGAAUACGUACCGGGGGGUGAGCUGUCAACCUACUUGCACAGCCAGAAAAAGAUCGACGAAGAGAUGGUCAGGACAAUCGCGCGACAAGUGCUGAGAGCCCUUCACUAUCUGCACAAACGCCGCAUCACCCAUCGCGAUAUCAAACCCGACAAUAUUCUCAUCGCGUCACUGGACCCACUUCGGAUCAAGCUGUCUGAUUUCGGGCUGUCGAAAGUUGUGGAGCAGGAAACGUUCUUGAAGACUUUCUGCGGAACAUUACUGUACUGUGCGCCAGAGGUUUACCCUGAUUACGAACAGUAUCGUCGCGGUGAGCUUCGAAAACGGCGUCGUGUCGGAGAUCCACUGCCAAAAACAUCUCCAUACAGUCAGUCCGUUGAUAUAUGGUCUCUCGGUGCAGUGCUCUUUCAUAUCUUAUGUGGCGUCCCACCGUAUACCGGUCGCGCCGAAGAUCGUGGUGUUCAAAUGCUGCGCACGAUCAUGACCAGCAAUGCAGACUUCGAUCUCCUGAGGCAAGCGGGCGUAUCAGAAUCUGGCAUUGACUUUGUCUCCCAGUUGUUAAACCGGGAUCCGUUCUCUCGUCCCACAGAACGCGAAUGCUUCCAGCAUCCUUGGAUUGCUGAAGUCGCUGACGUCGACGAAUAUGAGGAUGAUGAUGAGUUGCUCUCGGGCUAUAAUGACUACAAUGACGCGCUUUCUGUCAUCGGCGAGGAUGCUGAAGAUGAGCUAGAUGCUUCACAGCUGUCCAUCACCGAGGAGCCGGGCUACACGCACGAGCCGCAAGAAGAGGGCGGGAGUAUGGAGGCGACUUCCAAGAAGCCGCGGGUUGAACAGUAUAUUCCUAGUCAAGUUCACUAUCCUAGCCUCCCUGAAAUCAGUUUCCAGGAGGGGCACGUGGCGUCGGUCGACAAACACGCCAAACGUCUUUUCGGCGAAGUCUCCUCUUCAGCCCUUCGAAGCUCCUACGCACUCGGCACCAUGGAUGGCUAUGACUUCAACCAAUACCAAAUGCAGGAAACGAACUCUUCCGGUGAGUCGAUGAUGAGUGACGAUCCCAACGAGUCGAUCAUCUCUCUUCCGGCUGUGCCUUUUGGGGGGACCGCGCCUAGCUUGAUGGGGACAGAGAAACUCGUGGGACAACUCAACAUGAACUCCUUACACCCCACCAUUCCACCCAAGGCCCCUUCGGUUAACCGCUCGUCCCCGUGUCAGACCACCCCUGCACCUCAAAAGCCUGCCAUGGCAGCUAGUCCAGAAACCGAGUCCGUCCCUCCCACCUCGAGUCCCAAAGCAAGCUCCAGUCCCCAAGAGCCUACCCCGAAAGCCAAAUUCUCUCGUCGCAUCGAUCUUGCACUCCCAGAUACAGCGAGCGAAGCUUCCAGCGAUAGCAGUGCGCAGAACAGCUUUCGGCUUCCUGCUCACAUCCACCCUCCCCGCGUUUCCAAAUCUCAGUACGAUCUCGAGUUAGCCACUACCCUCGACGCUCAAACUGGCCAAGUCGUUCUCAAUCAGAUUCAUGAGGACGAGGACCCGUCAGAUCCAAUCGUCCAUCGCCCUGAGCCGGACUCGAACCCUCCCGCUCUUUCGGACGGAAACUUCGCCAAACCACCCAAGCGUUUUGGCAAACUGAAAACUGUCCACGGAUCCAUCUUCGAUACGACAAUCUACCUCGAAGACCGGCUCACCUCCUGGGGCCGCGGCCACAGGGCAACCGUCAAAUAUGCGAACAGUGAGGACACCAGAAUCCCCGCAUACGCCCUGGAACUCACGUUCUGGGCCCCCGGCAUCGAACCCCUUAUCGCAGCCGGAGAAAACUGGCAAGAUGUCCCAGGUGUUACAGCCAUCAUCUCCACCAAGGCCCGCAUGGGCAUCUGGGUCAACGACGUUCUGCUUCGCCGAGGUACCUCCAAAGAGGAUGGGACCGAAGCUGUGGAAUUUGGCAAGCUCUACACUGGUGAUAUCAUAACGGUGUACCGCAACACAGAGAGCGGCAAGUACCUUCAAUUCCGCUGCGAGUUCACUCAUGGCGAAAGCGCUCAACCCCGACCCGAUAACGAACCUGGCUUCACGCUUCGACAAGCCCUGAUGCAUCGCCCGAACGGAGCAAAUAAAAUGCCUUUCCGGCCUUCUCGCAAGGCAUAA